AAUUAAUAUAUGGAUCAGAGUAUGUUUGAGUUAUUUGGAGGUGAUGGACAGAUAUCAGAUUUGAUAGAUCAAUUUUAUUAUAAGGUGUUAUUCGAUCAAAGUUUGAGAAGCAUGUUUUUAAAAGCAGACAUGACUAGAGUUAGAUUAUAAUAAAAGACUUUUUUUGCUUAAAUGUUUGGUUGUAUUCAUACUAAAUACACUGGAAAGUAUUAUUACUAAUGAAUAUAAAGAGAUCUAAUUGAAGUGCAUAAGAAUUUGAGUAUAACUGAUCAACAAUUCGAUAGAUUCUUACAUCAUCUUAAAUGUAUAUUAGCUGACAUGAAUAAAUCUUAAGAAUUGAUUGAUUAAAUAUUGAAGAAAGUAGACAGUCAUAGACAUUUUAUUGUGUUUAAAUGA